GACGGCACGACACAUUCCGACGGCCUUUACACGUUCCAAUCGCAAGUUCGUGUACAGCGAGUAAAUUUAUUAUCAACUGAUGGUCAGUGUUGGAUUCAAAAAUCUGAAAUCUAAUGGUGGGAAAUCGAGACCAACGGCCGCAAUUGCCUCCGUUAGGUGGGGGAAGAUCGUCUUCCUCAAUCUCCUUAGCUGCUCCAACUUCAUGGGCGUCCACGACCUCGGUCUCUGCUUCGGGCAAGAGAAUUCAAAGAGAAAUGACUGAGUUUAACUUAGACCCGCCUUCCGAUUGCUCCGCUGGCCCUAAGGGCGACAAUCUUUACCACUGGUUCGCUACCAUCUUUGGCCCUUCAGGUACACCAUAUGAAGGUGGCAUAUUUUUCCUGGACAUAAUUUUUCCAAGUGAUUAUCCAUUUAAUCCUCCAAAGGUUGUAUUUAAAACCCGAAUCUACCACUGCAAUGUUGAUUCCACUGGUAAUGUAAGUUUGGACAUUUUGAAGGAUAACUGGAGUCCUGCGUUAACAAUCGCAAAGGUGUUAAUUGCAGUGAAAUCAAUUUUCGUAAAUCCCAACCCUUAUGAUCCAAAUGCUCCUGGUGUUGCUCACUUGUACCUGGCAGACAGAGCUAAACACGACGAGAUAGCUGCUGAGUGGACGCUACGUUUCGCCAAAUGAAUGGAAUCUCAAACCACUGAUAUACAAUGGCAUACUUCUUUUUUGGUUAUCAUUUUCUGAAAUUUGCUUCCAAUUCUCCCCCUUCACUUGGUAAUUUACCGUGUGUUUUCGCAAGAAGUUACCAAGAACACUGGAAAGCAAAUUUUGAGACGAGCACAUGGAAUAGAGUACAACCUCAAAGUUCUUGGAUGCAUGAGUGGAUAGUAUUAGAUGAUUUGUAGAUUGUUCUAUAUGUAUCAAUGUUCUUUUGGAGUGUUCAAGCCUUCAAGGUGCACUGAAAUAUAUAGCCCUUCGGAAUUUAGGUAUCAAUCGAAGGAAAAACGAUGACUAUCUAUCUAUCUAUAUAUAUAUAAAUAGUCCUUUGGAGAUUAUUCUGAUGAUUCAGACAGUAGCUGUACACAUGCACAAAUCAACUUUGAAUAGGGGUUGGUUUGAUAAUAAAUUUGUUUUUCACUCUAA